AUGACUCCUAACAAUAUUUUUUCACUUCUUGUACUUGUCGCUUUCACGGACUCUUUAAAAAUUCUAGUAUAUUCUCCAGCAUUUGCUGGUAGCCACACGAAUUUUAUGGCUAGAAUUGCGGACACUUUAACUGAAUCUGGGCAUAAUGUCACAUUUUUUGUACCGAUUUUCGAUGAUAAUAGGAGUAACCAAUUGGGAGUGAAGCUUACGAAAAAUGUAAUUAAGAUGGAGCGAAGCGAAGAGAUGAAACUAGACCCUGUCACAAUGGACAAUGUGACUUCAUCCUUCUGGAAUAUCAAUGUUAAUUCCAAAGAGGGUCAUUCUCUUUUUGAUCCAGUUCACAAGCUAACUGUGCAAAGUUGUCGAAGCUUGUUUAGCAAUUCUGAACUUCUGGCGACUCUGAGAUCUCAUGAAUACGAUGUUGGGAUAUCCGAACCAAUGAUGACAUGCAGUUUGGCACUUUUUCGACAUCUUGGAAUUCAAAAAACGAUUCUAGCCAGUUCCUGUCCAAAUUUUGAUGUUGUGAUGGCAGCGAUGGGUGAACCAGCUGAAACAAGUUAUGUGCCUGUAUCGGGAGACAUUGAAAUCAGUUCUUGGAGGAAAACGAAAAAGUGUGAUUUCUGUGCAACCCAGAUUGAGCAGUUUUGUGUCUACUCCGGCAAUGUGUGUACCAUGAUAAUACUUGAUCAUAUUAUCCGUGAAUAA